AUGACUAGAUGCAGUAUUGAAGGAUAUAAACAUGUUCAUGAAAGCUCUAGUGAAAAAGAAUGGGAUCAAAAUUUUAAGAAAUAUACUGAUGAUAUACUUCAAAGUUAUUCUGUACAGAAAAUUAAUCCUAACAGUAAGGCGUAUAAUGAGGGAGUACAAGUAGGGGACUAUUUAGAAACAGUCAAUGGUCAUCCAACACAGAACCUUAAUAUUGGAGACACCCAGCAAAUCAUUAAAAAUUCUAAGGAUGAACUUCUUCUUGAACUGAGAAGGAGUUUACUGUUGGAUGUGGACCAUGCUGUUAAUAUGAAACUAAGAAUGAGUUUAGUUCUUAAGGUUUCACUAUCAAAUGUAGACAAUGCUGUAAACAAAUGGUUGAGUUGA